AGAGGGAUACAUGCAGGCAGAGCUGGUGGUCAGUGUGUGGGAGGGGAGCCAUUGUAUAGGUGUGUCCGCCACACUGUUUGCUGUCAUACCUCCGUGAUCCACGCUGCGCUCCCUCUCUCUCUCUCUCUCACAUUCCCUUCAUGGUCUAGGCCUUGUAGGCCUGACACCCACUCAGUGGUGACACGCUUCGUUUGGCCUGCCCUGUACACACUCGGAGCUCCAAGCAGACACCAACUUCCAGUCCAUGGAUAGGACGAUUUUGAACAAAAGGUGUGCACUGUGAUGCUGUAGAGCCUUGCACUACUUGAGGCAGAAGGGCGUCACCAGGUUAUCUCAAGAUGGCUUCGCGGGUAACUUUCGUUACUGGCACAGCGGAGGUCAAGAGAAGAGAUCGCAAUGGCUUUGAUGUUAUGGAGAAGCCUAAGGUUGCUUUGAUUGAUGGCAAGUGUGAUUGCUGUCCGUAUGGAUACCACAUUGACCUGGACUUUGUGAACUUCUGUGAGAACAUUACAAGUGGCUCCACUCUGAAGCAGCUGAAGCGAAUCCAGCGAGCCAAGCGGAAAUUACGCAAGUCGAUGGAGGUGAUGCUGCAGCAGCAGAAUCAGGCGCGCAUGGAAGAGGCGGGUACACCGCCACCAGACGUCGUCCACUCCACCGAGGCCAGUCGACUCAUGCACAUGGUGGAGUAUGAACAGUCGUCCACCCACAGAAUACUGGAUGAGAUUGACUCCUCAGUCGAUCAGACCAUAGCUCACAUUGACUACAUGAUGAGGCCAACACGCAAACAGCAGCGAUAUUUUAGCUCUGAUAGUGAAGAUGGUGUCAGCCCUGUAAGUCCGACGAGAUAUAAUACAUUCCCAUUACGACGAAGUCCAAAUGGCGACGAAUCUUCACAUUUUGCUACAUCACUGUCAACUUCUGGACGAACUGAUUCCAUGAGUUCGCUGUCAUCUGUUUCCACUGUAUCAAGCGAGAACCCACAAGGUCAGAUUAUGGCAACCCAUGGAGGACAUGGGACACAGUAUGUCCAUACCACUGCCACAGCUGAAAUAGCUCACCCAACCCACAGCCAAACCCUGAACCAAUCCCACAGCAAAUCACACAGCACUCACACCCACAGCAGCCACAGCAGCCACAGCACUCACCAGACACAGAAGUAUCGCACAGUCACGUCUGCCCAACUGGCAGAGACAAUGGCCACUCACUUCCCCCAGACCGAGAGAGAUGGUGCCAUAUCUCCCCAGUCCAACACUGCCAACAUCAGCAAGAUGUCCCUGUCUGCGAUCAGGGAGGCCAUGGCCAUGAGUCUUCAGAGAAUGAAAGACCUAGAGGAGCAGGUGAAGGCCCUGCCUAUCCUGCAAGUUAGAAUCUCAGUGCUCAAGGAGGAGAAGAGGCUACUGAUGCUACAGCUCCAGGCAAGGAACAGCAAGCUGAACACCAGGAGUAUUGGAGUUGGAGACAAGUCCAUUCAUGAAGUUGAAGUAGCUGAAGCAAUGCCUGUCAUGAAGAUAGUACAAGCUCAGUCUCCUGUCAAGACAAUAAGGUUCCCUGAAGUACCCAUGUCUCCAAUGUCACCACAGAUGUCAACGCCUAUCAAGAGCCCUCCUCCCACUCUGCCGAAACCCAAGAAAUCUCGAACUGUUGGUAUUGGAGAGCACAGUGUCAUUGAGCCGUACCUGCUGCAACCAGAUCUCCCAACAGGAUACACAGUGAAAGAAAAUGAGGUCCACACAGAGAUCAGAACACGCGUCUAUGAGCUGGAGACUCUUAGUCGUUCCUUCAGGGAUAUGCCUCGUCUCGAGACCACGUUUGACCCUCAGCUGAAGAGUCCUAUGUUAUCUCCUGUUCAGGCAUCAAGUCCAAAGACUCACAUCACUAUCAACCAGAUACAGAGAGGAGGAGGACCUAAGGCACUGACUCGCAGCAUUGGGGUUGGAGAUGGCAAUGUGUUCGACAAUUCCGGUCUGCACAUCCAUGAAAAGGAACUGAGGACCGUCAUCAUUGGCCAAGGGGGACCAGUCGGGAAAAGGAAUGUAGGUGUUGAAUGUCGAGUCCCAACUAGAGAUGUGGGGGUCUCCUAUGUGUGUGAUGAUGAAAAGCCUUCAACAAGAACAGUUGGGAUAAAUGUUGACACUGGCAGCCUCCUGACUUCCUUGAGCUUCAAAGGGGAGGAACUGAGAGGAGCCCUGCGGGAUAUGCUCAGUAAAAAUGUCCGUUCCAUUGGCACAAAUUGUAACUUCAGACCUUUGACUAAUGAUGUUGGCACCGAUUCAGAUCAAAUAAAAACAGUAACUGUAGGCGUUGGAGACUGCCGGACAGAUGUUGAUGUGAGAGCUCACCAUGUGAUGAGGUCCGUCGGCGUGGGCUUCCACCCCGAAAUGACAAGCCGUUACGUGGGCACAGAGAAAGGAUGGAUGUUGGACCAGGGAACCAAUACUCCUAUUGCGGACAAGAAGAGCAAGAGCACAUCCACAGAGAAGCCUAGGUUUGUGUAUGCCUCAACCAACACAGACUCAGCUUCCCUCAGAAACAGCAGCAACCAGACGGACCACAAGAUAUUCUAUGCAACAGACCAACUGAAGAAUGCCAGUUGCAAUACUCAGAAACAAGCUGCCCAGUCCAUAGGAGUGAAUACUGAUUUCAAGUGUUUGAAGUCUGAUACUUUUGACUUUGCAAUUACAUUCCAGAAUGAAUCUUCUAAUACCGAGUUCAGUGUUGCUGAGAAGGGUGUUAACACUGAUAGCAGAUAUGGUGACAAGAGUGCUGCACAGUCUGUGAAGACUGUUGGUGUGAGCAAGGACAUGGACAGUGGGCAGCAACAGAGGCAGUUCGGAGAGCAGGUGUCGAGGAGCUCAGUGGAAACUGUCAGCACCGUGCGUAGCAACCAGAGCGCCACAGUGAACAGCGGAGGCAGCUACAUGCCAGCUGAUAUGAGCAGAUUCAUGAGUGUUGGGGGUUCUUCCAGUGUUGAGUCUCAGAGAAGUUCUGUGGGAAGUACUGAGGUCAAGAGGAGACAAUUAGAGAGUUCACCAAAGUCAUCACCCAAAAGAAAAUCAGGUGAUGAGUUUGAGGAAUAUCGAUAUUCUGAAGAGUCUUACGUUAUCCGUGGUAGUGAUUUGGAGCAUGGGGACUUUGAAAUUGUGAAAGAUUUAGGUGGGACUGAAAAGAGAAUUGUUGCUAAAAAAUCGGACUUGCCUCUGGAACAAGUGCUAGGGAUUAAUGAACAAAGAAAGACUGGGAGGCUGCAGGCGGGUGGGCAAGAUGGACUGUCAAUCAGAGAAGAGCAAGUAACAUACAGAAGCUCAGGAACAGACUUUGGACUGUCCAGACAAUCUGGAGAAAAGGCAGAACGUGAUAGGGUUGAUGGCAGUAGUGGCGAGGCUGUUGGGUACAUCAGGUAUCUUCAGGACUCCACUGGUGGAGAUGGUCAAAGUGGAACAUCAAGUGCACACAGUACUACUAUAAUUUCUGCUGAUGAGGUGUUGAGGCGAAGUAGCAGUGGCAGCUCAGAAUCAACUGGAGGAAGUGGAAUAACAUCAAUGCAGGAAAGCGUCACACGGAGAAGUGGAGGUGGUAGCGGUACCACAACUGUCCAAGAGACAGUCGUUCAGAGAAGUGCCGAGGGCAGAGGUGGCACUGGUAGGACUAUUGUACAAGCUAGCGGAGGUGGAUACACUUUCGCAGAAGGAAGUGGAGCUGGCAGUGGUAUGACAGCUUUUCAAGGACAAGGAGGAGAUGGCAGUAUGAGAACUGUUCAAGAGACUGUUGUACAGAGAAGUGGUGGAGGUGGUAGUGGAAUGACAGUUGUUCAAGGAACUGGAGGUGGUAGUGGUACAACAACUGUUCAGGAGACUGUAGUGCAGAGAAGUGCUGGUGGCAGAGGUGGCAGUGGGAUGACUAUUGUACAAACAGGUGGAGGUGGGUACACUUUUGCGGAAGGAAGUGGAGGUGGUAGCGGUAUGACAACUGUUCAGGAAACUGUAGUGCAAAGCAGUGGAGGAGGUAGUGGGUUUUCUUCAUCUCUUACUUCUCCAUCUCAUGGUCUGACUCUAAAUGUGGACAAUGCUAGUCCAAGGUCUAACAGACGUGGGUUAUGGGAAAGGGAUGGUGGCAUUGAUGGAAUAGCUGGCUUCAGCCUGAGUACAAGCCCAACCCGCCUCAGUGGUGGAUCCUUCACUUCAGAUUCAGGAGGCUCUGACACACAGAUCUUGGAGAGUCCAGAUAGUGGCAGGCAGAGGUCAGUUGUCACACGAACAGUGACCACAACACAAUCCACGCGAGGCGGUGCUGAUGUGACUGUUGAGGAGACAACUUCCUCUCAAGGUGGGAAGGUGACCUCCACAAAAACUGUAACGGUAACCCAGACCUGCUUGGCAGCGUCCAGAGACAUGAACAGUCAAUGUUGAAAUGGACUGGAUAUUUUAGAUGGUAAUAUGACUUCAUCCCAGUACUCCAAUGAAAGUGGGUUCUCUGUGACUCCCAGCAGCUCCCAAGGGGACUUCAACAAGGGGCUGGGGAGCGACUUGGAUAGAAACAGAAUGUCCUCCUCCCACAGCAGUGUGAAUACAUCCUUCGACUCUGAGAAUGGCACCCUCAAGUCAUGCAUCAAACGCAGCAAGUCAGACACGCAAGUGAAGAAGGGAAUCUCAUUUGCUUCAACAGUUGUUGGCGGCAAGAAGGCUUCAGUGAAAAGGACUGAUUCAGAGGAGUCGACUGAUGGAGAGUCCGAGAACGAGGAGGCUGAGGGUUCCGACAGCAGCUACGAGGAGGGGUCAUACGAUGGUCGUCAUGGAAACAUUGUGUAUCAAUGUAAAGAUGACGAGGCCAUUGCCAAGGGCAUCCCAGGUGCUAAGAUGUUUGACCAGAAUAUUCGAGAAACGUUCGAGCUGAGUGAAGACAUGAGGAUGUCCUGUAAAGUGCUUGCCAACUAUCUGGUUGAUUCAACAACCAUCAAAACUUCACAACUGAACACAAACCUGAGUACAAUCCAGAAGGAGUGGUUCAAUGUGUCCAGUCAGAAACUGUCAGACCACUACCAGGUGGAGGACUUCAUGUCUUCCUUCAAUGAGAUCUCCAAGAAGCUGCUGGAAUACAUUGUCAAUAUGGCAGACACAAAUGGGAACACAGCCCUCCACUAUGCUGUUUCCAACUGCAAUUUUGAUGUCUGCAACCUCUUCCUUGACUCGGGAGUAGUGGACGUAAACAAGCAGAACAAGGCAGGCUACACCCCAGUGAUGCUGGCCUCGCUAGCAUACAUUCAGACCCAAGGCCAGAUCGAGACAGUACGCAGGCUUUUCAGGCAGGGAGACGUUAAUGUCAGGUCCUCUCAGGCAGGUCAGACGGCCCUGAUGCUGGCGAUCAGUCAUGGUCGCACCAACAUGGUGGAGUUCCUUCUGGAUGCUGGAGCAGACGUGAAUGCCCACGACAACGAUGGUUCCACUGCACUCAUGUGUGCGUGUGAACACGGCCACAACGACAUCGUGAAGGUGCUGCUCAGUCAUCCCGCUACUGAUGCCAACCUGACUGACAAUGACGGCAGCACGGCCUUGUCAAUUGCAAUGGAGGCAGGCCACAAAGAUAUUGGCGUAGUUCUUUACGCACACCUUAAUUUCUCCAAGACUUCACCUGGUCUUGUGAGAAAACGCAAGAGUUCCAGCUCUCCCACGCCAAGCCGGAUUUCCCGGUAACAGUAGUCAUGGAAACAAUGCUGUAAGAGGCUACUUUGGACCAUUGAUGACUGGAAAAAGAUCUGGUCAUGGAAUCAACAAUGCAAGGGAGACAACUCUUGAUAUUAUCUUGCUACUAUGUGCCAUUUGUAUACAGGACAAUACCCUCAGAUAGUAUCUAUGCACUGUCUAUAUGUUGGUUUAUACACACUAUUAUCUCCCUUACCAUGAUGCUCGCGUCAUCUCUACCUCGUACAUUCCUCAUUUAGCCACCAUGUUCUCCCACACAUUCUCAACAGUCCAGGUACCAUUGUUUCGUGUUUCUUGCUUCAUGCAAGCAGCACAGAAUAUAUUCACAUGGGAUUUGUUGUGAAUAUGUGUGACAAUAGAUAAUAUUUAAGCUUUCUGAGUAAUAUGUAUCAUGCUUGUUAGACAACUAGAUCAUUUCAAACAAGUUAUUGUUCCUAAAUCUAGUUGACAGUUUUAAUGAGGUUGUUCCUAAGCUUUUACUAUAUUUAUGAUCAUGAUAUUGAUUUGUUUUAACACAACCUGGGAUUGCAUUGACAUUGCAGACCAGGCUGUUUUAUUUGAGAUUUUAUACAGGUUUGCUUUUAGUAUUUCAAUAAAAUCACAGCGAUACAAUGUAGAUUUGUUCUCAGUGUAUGAACUUGUAGAGUAUCUGUAACAAGGGCAGAAGUAUUUAGGUCAGGCCACGUUCUGUUAAUCAGCUGUAAGUUGCCGCAUGUUAUCGCCCGUAGGUGUGAUAAGUGUGGUGUCCUGUGGGAAGAUGUCCUCAUAUUCAGUGUUAAUAUAAUGUGUUACAAUGUUACAUAGCUACGACUGUAAGUGGCUGAUCUGUUACAUAGAUAAUAGCUUUUGAACACAUUUAUUUUGCUUCGAAGAAACCAAUUAAUAUAGAUCUAAUUUGAAAUGUACAUUCAAAAUUUGUUACAUGUGAAAUAAACGUUUGUUUAUUUUUAAAAGUUUUUGACGUAAAUAUUUGCUAUUGUGUGAUGUCUACAACAAAGAUGCUUUUGCAUAGAUGCAUGUAGAACUUCCUAGAUGUGUUUUACCAAUGAGAGUAUCAUCAUUAACUCUUGCUCUGCUCUCAAUGUAACUUCUACUAUGGUGCUAUAUCAUUAUCAUUCGCUUAGCACAGGAAGAGUUAAUGAUAUCAUGUGUAACCAUGGUGAGGAGACAGUGGGAGGUGACAACUCCUGUGUUAUGUUGUAUUCCAGUUUGUACUCUCAAAUUGUAUUAUACCACUGUAAUGAGUUUGUUGUUUUCUCUUGAAGCAUGAGUUGUGUAGACUCGGUGAUGUGACUUGAACAGAUUGGGUUGUGAAGGUAUAUCUGCUAGGAUUGGAUCACAUCAGACUAAUUGUGUGGAUGUAUAUUAAACACCAUUAUACAUACACAUUUCAGACAUUGCAACAAGAUAUAUGACAGUGUGAAAACCGAUCUCACUGUGGGGUAUCAAAUGGUUGUGAUCGGGGCUUGUGUUCUGUUAGGUCGGUCUGUCUGACUGACUGACCUCUAGCAGGAAGAUAUCAUAUUUGUUUUGUCAGUGUGACUCCCCAGAGGUCCAGCAGGAUAUGAUUGCAGGGACAGAAAUUAACCCCUAAAGUCCAUUCAAUGAAACCCACCAUCUGAAUGGUUACAUAUGAGCAUCUCAAAAUAAAAAGAUACAGACAUUUGUCGGAACCCAUUUUAUGUAAAUUCAGACAUUUAUGUUUCAGAUUAACAAGACUCAAAGUAAACAACUGAACAAUUUGAAAUUCUAUUUCGCUCAACAUACUUUUACUUUUAGAAAAGUGGCCCUUGAAUCAUGCUGGCAAUGUCCAUCUUAUCCAUGAUGUUAUUUUCUAAAAGUAUGAACUAAUCAUGAUUACAGUGAGAUAGCUGCCUAUUGUGUGGGUCGUUGUAUUGUCAUCUCCUGGGUUGGGGCCUCUGUCCCUGGGUGUAUAAUUGUAGCCUUGUAGAAGCUGCUUUAUGCAAAGACAAUGGGCUUUGUAUUCAGAUACAGUCUGCAUUUAAGUGUAAGAAACUAGCUUGUGUACAGGUGAUUAGGCAGUGUACAGUAAUAUAUUCCCUUGUAUUUAUUGAUCAACUGAUGUACUUUCUCUUCAGCCUGACAACAACCUCUGUGUCGUCAUACCAUUCAUAUUCACCCCCCCGAAGUAUAAAGGCCAUAGCUACAUUAACCAGUGUAACUCGGCUUGGUUGUUAGACCUGUUAUUGGUUAAAGGGUUAAGUUCACUAUACAGGAUAUCUGUCACUUAGGUCAUCUUCAGAACACCGAUCUGGACUUCUGGACUUGAGUCAGUUACAAUGUGUUUAAGGCACAAUACAGUGAUGUAUGGUGUAGUUUUAAAUGUAUUUGCGUGCCAUGCUAAACGUCUAUGUUUGAUUCCCACAAAUUUUUAUAUGAUGUUCCGAAAAGCAUCUACAAAACUGACCCACGGACAUACAGGAUUAGUGACCAGAUUAUGUCUUUUCUUGCCAUGGAUUUUAUCAUCUUUACAUGUACCACCUCUUUUAAAAAUUUGGCACAUUUUAUUGAAAUUAUCAAGACAUUAUGGCACAUUAAUGAAAGGUUUGAUAGGGUCUGUCUGACGAAGGGUUGUGUAUUGGAUGAAUAUUUCAGCCAGCCCCCGAGGAUGUAGAAUGUUUGACCUACUUUCAACAGGGAUGUAAUGAGGUAUCUGUUGUUGCAUAUAUGACCGCGGCAAUCUAUCCUUGUUGCCUGUUAUCGAUGGAUAUCAGUGUUGAGGAUGUAAUGACAGCUACAAUAGCUUCCACGAGGGUGUGUUCACCUGUUGCUAUGGUUACAAUGUCACACAGCAUGUUGUUGUGUCCCUUUUUUUCAGGGUCUUAUUAAGAUCAGUGAAGUUGAAUGUUUUUAGAUACGUUUGAAUGGGGGUGGUGACACUGAAUGCCUUUUUAGAUUCACUUUGUGUUGAGUAGGAAGGUACUGUUUGAGAUGUUUCUGAGUGCAGGUUUUUAUUGUAAACAUGAGGGGGGCACCUGUAUUCAAGACCUCUGGUAAUUGUUUUAACGAGCUACUGGUUCACAACACAUUCAAGGUGUCUAUUUGCAACAGUUUUAGAUUGUGUCACUUGUUGGUAGAUGUCUGACUUAGGACAGAAUUACUUUCACUAUCAUUCCAAGCAGGAGUGUUUUCACACAAGCUCACACACUACACCCACCCUGUACAGACAUACAGUGUCAGCACUCUCAUCUUGUCAGGCUGAUCUUCUCAGCUGUCCUGUCUCCAUGUCCAAGUCAGAGCCUGUUGUUUUAUGAAUGAUCUCUUAAUAAAGGGUUGUGUCUUGUUUAAAUCCAGCUUGUGAUGCAUGGACUUUUCACACAUGGUGAAGGUUGUUUGAAAGAAUGUUAGGGAAAUAAUGUGUAAAUAUUCCUGUCAGAUGCAUUCCACUUUAGUUUUACAAAUUAUUUUCUUCAGGUUAAGUUUGUAUUUUUGUUGAACAAAUUAUUAAAAUAUACAUAAUAUAAAAGUUUGGAUAGUUGAAUUCCAUGAAAUAGUGCCUUAGAUUUGUGCUUAGUUUCCGAGAAUAGCCUGAUGGAUAUACUAGCAGAGCUGAUGCUUAGACAGUGGAUCGUAGUGAUUCUCCUUCGCCAUGAUAUAGCUGGAAUAUUGCUGACUCAGGCGGAACUUUGUUGACUCUCUCUCUUGUUUUUACCAAGUCUCAGUUAAUAAAUCUGUCUUAGAAUGGUUUCCACUGCCUCCAAGGGCCAGCUGUAUGAGUGUAUAUUAUAUUCUACAUAACAUCUACAUAUCACUAGUCUAUAAGGCAAUAAAGCUUCAUUAACAAUGUA